UCCUCCUCUUGCCUAAAACCUUCAAAGUUUUCUUGUUUGUUUGCUUUUUAAGCAGAACAUCCCGUAUUAAAUGCUUCUGAACUACAAUUCCCGGCAUGCAUCAAAAGGGAGCAGCUGCACAGUCUUUUCCCAGCAUCCUUUGUUUAUUUCCGGGUUUAUGAAUACUUAGGCGAGAACGCCAGACCAUUAGGGGAGCUCGGAUACCUUCCAGAGUGUAAGACCCAGCGCCCCUUUCCCGCUCCUCCAGACUUUCGUCUCCACCAUGGCUGAGCUGAUCCAGAAGAAGCUACAAGGAGAAGUGGAGAAAUAUCAACAGCUACAGAAGGACUUGAGUAAAUCUAUGGCAGGGAGGCAGAAGCUUGAAGCACAACUAACAGAAAAUAAUAUCGUGAAGGAGGAACUGGCCCUCCUGGAUGGGUCCAACGUGGUCUUUAAACUUCUGGGUCCUGUGCUGGUCAAACAGGACCUGGGGGAGGCUCAGGCCACAGUGGGGAAGAGACUGGACUAUAUCACAGCUGAAAUUAAGAGAUACGAAUCCCAGCUCCGGGACCUUGAGCGGCAGUCAGAGCAACAGAGGGAGACUCUUGCUCUGCUGCAGCAGGAGUUCCAGCGGGCCCAGGCGGCAAAGGCGGGCGCUCCUGGGAAGGCCUGACCCCAUGGUUGGGGGGAGGGAAGGAAACCAGGCAGCUCUAGGGUCUAUACUGUACCUAAUAAAAUGCGAAAACACCUGGCUGUUUUCUGACCAGCCACUUCUGUCAUAAUUGUCUCCUUCUUUUCCCCUGGCCCCUGCCAUCUGUUACCUCAGGUUCAAAUUCUUACAACUGAAAUCUGU